GCCCGAGACUAGGAGCAGCGGCUCUGGUGGCGGUGGCAGUCGGAGGUCCGAGAGCUCUGCUCCUCCGAAGAGCGUGCGACUGUCCAGACUGGUUUCAGGCCAUCGACGAGUGAGCAGGAAAGGAUUGCCAGCCAGACAAAGACGACAUCCGAAGUCCCAAUGCACAGAUCAGCCCCCAGUCAAACCACCAAGAGGAGCCGAUCACCAUUUUCUACCACUCGUCGUAGUUGGGACAACAGGGAGAGCUCGGGAAGCUGCCUGAGUGUUGAUAAUGAGGACUACUCCAGGUAUCCGCCAAGAGAGUACAGGGCUGCAGGUAGCAGAAGAGGAAUGGCUUAUGGACAUAUUGACUCUUUUGGGGCAGAUGAUAGUGAGGAGGAGGGGGCUGGGCCUGGUGAGCGACUGCCAAUGAGAGGGAAAACUGGCAAGUUUAAGGAUGAUAAGCUGUGUGAGUCAGAGAAGGGGGCAAGGUCUCUGGUAGGGGCAUCUGGCCCCUUUAGUUAUAACCAAGAUGUGAGGGAGGAGCUUGACAAGUUAGAGCCAGCUCCUGCCACCAGGUACUCUGCUAACAGAGCCGAGUUCCUGAAUCGAAAUGGUGCGGCCUCUCAGAUGUCUUCUGCUGAAGACACGGUGGCUACAAAAGGUGACAGCUUGGAGAGGGAGAGGCAGGAGCAGAAUUUACCAGUGCAUACCAGUAGGGCUCCUGUGAGUAUUUGUAGUGGUGGGGAAAAUACCCCAAAGAGUACAGAGGAACCGGUGGUGAGGCCGAAAAUUCGAAAUCUGACAACUCCCAACUGCAUGAAACCAAAAAUAUUUUUUGAUACUGAUGAUGAUGAUGAUGUGCCACCCAGUACUUCCAGGUGGAGGGGUGCUGCCAAUUCCGAUGGCCUAGCCAGAAGAGGCAGAGGCGAGGGUUCAAGUCGCUAUGCUGAGCCGCAGUACCCUGAAGACAAGAGGGAAGCCAGGAACAACCAAGUGAAACCAGAGAAGGUGCCGAGACGGCGGCGAACCAUGGCCAACCCUGACUUCUGGACAUACGGUGACGAUUACUACAAAUACUGUGAUGAAGACUCUGACAGUGACAAAGAGUGGAUCUCCGCUCUGCGCCGAAAGUAUCGAAGUCGAGAGCAAACCCUGUCCUCCAGUGGGGACAGCUGGGAGACUCUGCCAGGAAAGGAAGAGCGGGAGGCUCAGCCAGCUAGAGUGAGCGUGAGCACCCCUGGCACCAGCCCUGGCUCCGUGGCAGGAGCCUGUGCCAUUGCUGGUGCCACUGCUGGCGCCAGUGCCGGUGCCAGUGCUGGGGUCAACAGCAAGGGCAGUAGCUAUCUUGAGGAAGGUCAAGGACCAUCUCUUCUGGAAGAGGAGCGGGCAUCCCCUGAAGAAGGCGAGAUUCCUUGGCUCAGGUACAAUGGGAACGAGAGCAGCAGUGAGGGGGAUAACGACUCCAGUCAUGGUGUGAUACAGCCCGGGGUGUUCUUGCUGGAUGGGAACAACAACCUCGAAGACGACUCCAGUGUGAGCGAAGAUCUAGAAGUGGAUUGGAGCCUCUUUGAUGGCUUUGCGGAUGGGUUAGGAGUGGCUGAAGCCAUCUCCUAUGUGGAUCCUCAGUUCCUCACCUACAUGGCUCUGGAAGAGCGCCUGGCCCAGGCCAUGGAGACUGCCCUUGCACACUUGGAGUCUCUUGCAGUUGAUGUGGAGGUGGCUAACCCACCAGCGAGCAAGGAGAGCGUCGAUGCUCUUCCAGAGAUCCUAGUCACAGAAGAUCAUGGCGCAGUGGGCCAGGAAAUGUGCUGCCCAAUCUGCUGCAGUGAAUAUGUGAAGGGAGAGGUGGCAACCGAGCUGCCAUGCCACCACUAUUUUCACAAGCCAUGCGUGUCCAUCUGGCUUCAGAAGUCCGGCACCUGCCCCGUGUGCCGCUGCAUGUUCCCUCCCCCACUCUAAAGGCCAAGGCUGUUCUGGUCUGAUUAUUUUCCCCAUCUGAAACCCACAAUACUGCAGGAGCCCUCUUAAAAUUAACAAUGCAAAUGAAAACGGUUAAUUAGACAAAACCAGUCUAUUCUUGGUGAUUAUUUUCAAUGUGAAAACGGUUGUGUGCGAUUGCAUUAAAAUUCCUGCUGUCUUUUAGAGGUUAGAAAGGGAAAACUAAACUUUAAAUGCUACUUGAGAUUGCAGUAAGAGCAUACAUUUUCUAACCUGAGCGUUGAAAUAAAUCACACUUGUUUUCUUCUGUAGACUAUGUUGCUGUUACUUGUAAUGUCAAGUUUAUCUGUUAAAUAUGUCCAAAAGGCAAAAGCAUUUUUGUCGCAUGUUAUGGGUUAAUGUUCCUGUAAUUGCAGUGCCCUAAAAGUUUAUUAAACUUCUUCUUUUGGU